AUGUCUGGGGCCCGUAAGACCAAGAUGAACCUUUCCCUCCUCACAUGGAGACCUCGUGAUCUACUCGCUGACAUCCAAAAUGACCUUGUGGCAAGCUUUGGAGAAUUCAUUGGUACGGUCACCUUUAUGAUGGUUGGUUUAGGAGGUAUCCAAGCUGCUGGUACUUCUAAUAUAGCUAGUUUACGUCUAGCUGCCAGUCAGACCACUGCCAGUGCUGGUACUACGGGAUCAAGUGCUAUUAACACUGUCGCUUCCAUCGAGCAAUUGACCUAUAUCGCCGUCUCCAUGGGACUAAGUCUACUUUUCUCAGCUUGGAUUUUCUAUCGAGCCACUGGUGCUGCAUUCAAUCCAAACGUAUCAUUUGCACUGUUAUUGAUCGGAGUCAUUAGCCCAACCCGAUUUAUCCUUUACGCAUCUUCUCAAUUUCUCGGUUCAAUCGUUGCCUGUGGGCUUUUAGCCGCACUUCUUCCAGGUCCUUUAGCUGUAACUCCCGCACUAGGAGCCGGGACAAAUCCCGGUCAAGGACUUUUCAUCGAAUGUUUUGCAACUUGCGCAUUGAUCUUAUCAGUCCUUUUCUUGGCUGUUGAGAAGCAUCGCGCUACGUUCUUGGCACCAGUCGGAAUUGGAAUCACGCUAUUUGCUGGUCAUAUGUUUGCCACUGUAUACACCGGAGCGGCCAUGAACACGGCCAGAGCUUUUGGGCCCGCAGUAAUCACAGGAUUUGGUACAGAUCACUGGGUAUACUGGGUGGGACCAACUUUAGGGGCUUUCUUGGCUGUCGCAAUAUAUGCGAUUAUGAAACGAUUCAAAUAUUGGAAACUGAAUGAAGGACAGGACACUGAUGAAUCUAGCAAAUCGCCAGCUCUGUUCUUUCAAGAAGAACCCGAACAUACGAACCAAACUAAGCCUUCAGAAUCCCGAGCGCCUUCCAUGAGGGUUCUUCCUAGCAUUGGUCAAACCCUUGGAGAAGGUCAAGAUCAGCGAGAGAAAAAUACAGGUGUGAUUGUAAUUAACGAACCUGAAGGUGAUCGUAGGGAGAGGCAAAACUUGAUGGUUAGACAUCCUUCUGGUAUCGAAGAGAUGGUUUGA